AUGUCCUCCGGAACUCGUCAUAGUUACCAUCCAUCUUCACGCUGCACGACUCCCUGUCUCUCUGCGGCCAACUUGGCCUCCCUGGGGGGGACCUCCUCGAGACGGGACAGUGCAGACACGGGCAGCAUUGUCGACCCUGACACCAGCCUGAGUGAAUUUAGGGAUAUCUAUGAUCUAAAGGACCAGAUUCAGGAUGUAGAGGGGCGGUACAUGCAGGGACUUAAAGAGCUGAAGGAGUCGCUGUCGGAGGUGGAGGAGAAGUAUAAGAAAGCCAUGGUGUCGAACGCACAGCUGGACAACGACAAAGCCAACCUCAUCUACAACGUGGACACACUCAAAGAUGUCAUCGAGGAGAUGGAAGAGCAGAUGGCCGAGAUGCGUAGGGAAACUGAGGACAAGUCUAAGCAACUAGAAAGACAAAAGCACACAUGCACAGUCCUGCAGCACAAACAAGUGGAGUUAAAGGAGGGAAUCCGCCGAAGAGAUGAGCACAUAGAGAAACACGGCCUGGCCAUCAUCCCAGAGGGAAUGCCUAACGGGGACAUCAACCAUAACGACCCAGCCACAGGGAUCACCGUGGUCACACAGGAGGCUGCCCAGGUGCUGGAGUCAGCAGGAGAAGGGUCUCUGGAUGUUAGGAUACAAAAGCUUGCGGAUGAAAAGGACGAACUCUUAGCCCAGAUCAGGAAGUUGAAAAUGCAACUGGAGGAUGAGAGGCAGAAGCACUCUAAGAUGGAGAAUGCCUUCACAGAUGGAGAGAGGAUGGAGAACGGCACUGACCUGCACUUCAUUGAGAUGCAAAGAGAUGCCAACAGACAGAUAAGUGAAUACAAGUUCAAGCUCUCGAAGGCAGAACAGGAAAUGGGCACAAUGGAACAAAACAUCAACAGACUGGAAGGACAAGUGUCCAGAUACAAGGCGUCAGCGGAUAACUCAGAGAAAAUAGAAGAUGAACUGAAAAUUGAAAAAAGGAAACUUCAAAGAGAGCUGCGGAUUGCACUAGAUAAGAUUGAGGAGAUGGAGAUGACCAACAACCACCUAGUAAAGCGCCUUGAGAAGACGAAGGCCAAUCGGAACGCCCUUCUGUCUCAGCAGUGAAGGCCGCUGGAUUGCCACAGAAGCCGUUAAACUCAUACCUUUGACUGCCAUAUUGCGUCUGGAGCACGUUUCCAUUCUUCCUCAGUAACACUUGUUGUGUAGCAAAACCAAAAACACUUACAGAAAAAAGCAACACUGGUAGCAGAGAGGCAAAAGUAUUUUUUAAAUAAAAUAUAGGCAUUGGUUUGUCUUUUUUGUGUGCCAGUGUCUUUUGAAGGGAGACUCAAAAACCUAUUAAACCAUAGUUAUUAGGGGAAGAUGAUGAAUCUAAGAAAUUCGCUACUCAUUACUUUAUUUUUCAAUGCUUUGGACUACAUGUUAUUCACAAAGUUUAUUUCUCUCUGGCUGGGUGCUUGGCUAUUUCUUUGUUUUGUAUUUUUUGAUAAGUUGCAUGAAUGAGUAUUAUGACUGUUUUGAACUGUUAAACCCUUAAGGCUGCUCUCUCUGGCCUGCACCUAUCUAUAAUCCCUCACACAGUGAAGUGCCUUCUCACACCUAGAGACUGAGGGUUUUACAUUAUCAACAAAUAUAAUAACUUGUACAAAAUAAUGUAUUUAAAGGUGCAGUCAUGAUUUGAUGAAA